CGGUAACCCUUACCCCUUCGGAAGAUGUUGAUGGUACUGUGAGUGUUAUCAUGGCUGCGGGAAGAUUAUUGCUUUAUGCCGGCCUCGCUUUAGCCCUCUGUGCCCUGGGCAUGCUAGCCGUGGCCAUCUGCUCUGACCACUGGUACGAGACGGAUGCCAGGCGGCACCGGGAGAGGUGCAAGAACGUCGAGCAUAAAAGGACUGACCCCGGCUACAUCUACAACUCCAACAAUAACCUCCCGCUUAGGGCUAGCAGGUCAAAGCUGGACCGCUGGGAGGGCAAACUACUCCUAGCCAGGAACAGACGGCAGGCGUCUGCCUCCAACCAGUGCGACAAACACUACAACUCCACCAACAUGGGACUGUGGAGGAAAUGUCACCGGCUCGGAUUCCACAAAGACGUCGAAGAUCUUAUUGCCAAAGGGGAUAUUGAGCGUUGCUCGUUCAUCAAAUACCAUUACUCCUCGCCAAAAAUCGACAAAAACAUCACGUUCAACACAGUCAAGACGAUCCGCCAAGAAGAGUGGCACGCGCUGCACCUACGCAGGAUGACGGCAGGAUUCAUGGGGAUGGCGGUGGCCAUUAUUCUGUUCGGAUGGAUAAUCGGAGUCUUGGGGUGCUGCUGGGACAGGGGGCUCAUGCAAUAUGUUGCUGGUCUUCUCUUCCUCAUGGGAGGCACUUUCUGUAUCAUCUCACUGUGUACCUGCGUGGCAGGGAUCAACUUCGAAUUGUCCCGGAACCCGCGCGACAUGUACGGAUUACCCGACGACAUGAGCCACGGCUACGGGUGGUCCAUGUUCUGUGCCUGGGGGGGACUGGGCCUGACUUUAAUCUCAGGUUUCUUCUGCACCUUAGCUCCCUCCGUGCAGCCUGUCCUGAGGACCAGCUGCCCCAAAACGAGACCCGAGAACGGAACGGUGUGCUAAACAAAA